AUUCACUAUAUCUGGUCUCUCACAGUACACAGAUCAUGGAAAUGCAAUUAUUUUAGUAAAUGUAAACUGCUAAAUACCUUUUCUCAUCAGCAGUUACAGCAGUCUUGUGACUUCAGCAGAGCACUGGUUAAAGCUUGUAGGAGGAGUUUUCUUUCUGCUCUAGGAGGAUGUGAAACCCUUGACCCUCUGUCUGGACAGUGCUGAUUGGUCCUGUGCUGAUCACAUGCACUCUCCCAAGAAAAAAAAAAACCCUCUCUAGCAAUACACACCAAACUGAGCAUAUGCAGUAUCUCCACACAUGAUAUGUGUUAUCAGGAGAUAAGAAGGAGGCACUGGAAGAAAAGGAGGAUCAGAGAAGAUGGGAUCGAACAUCCUUUUUACAAAAUGCAGAGGAUUAACCCUUAGGUUCCACAGUGAGUAUAACAAGCAUGCUUUACUGCAUAUACAGACUGAUUUUACUGUUGUGGGUUUAG